AUGCGAACAGAAGACAUACGAUAUCUUCAAUUACAUGAACGACUUCGUCAAGGUCAAUGUAGUUAUGAAGAUUAUGAAUUAUUAUUGACGCGCGUUGUGGGACAGCCAACCGUAUCUCUUCGUGAACCGCCAUGGAAUCAAGCUCCCAUGCUUGUAUUUAGAAAUGAAAUACGAACGCAAUUGAACCACAGAUCAGCAAAUCAUAAUGCAGUAGAAGUCGGUACCAAUCUAAUUCUAUGUGUUGCUCAGGACUUUUGUAAAGGCAAGGCUGUGGAGGAGCCGGCACUCCUUAAAAAAUUAUUAGAGCUAUCUGAUAGUAAGACUGAACAUUUACCGAGUUUAUUACCAUUAGUUCCUGGAAUGCCGGUUAUUAUUACACAAAAUAUUGCUACUGAACUGGGAUUAAUUAAUGGUAUGAAUGGAAUCUUUAAGCAACUGGUUUAUGAUCUUGAUUCAGUGUCAACAGAUAGUCUUUCAAAUACUUUUCCAACAAACGUCCAAUAUAUGCAUUGGUCGAAAUCAGUAAAUCAAAAAUUGAAUGUAAUCUUAAAAAUCUGCAACCGAAACUUAUCCCAAUACCAAUAA